UCUCGUCAUCGGAGUCGAAGUUUAAUGAUUUUCCUUCCUCCUGUUCGCCUCCCUUUCGUCUCUCCUCCUGAGACUCCGCCGAUUCCUACUUUUCCGCCUCCUAGAUCCGGUGGCCUCCCGCCCGCAUCGAAAGAUCGCGUCUUUGAGCGGAAGGUCCCGGGCUCCGGUUCCUUCUCCUCGCCCUAGUUCGUUUCCCUGCUUAUUUCCCCCCUUUGUUUGAUGGCUGUCCGAUCCGUCGGUUCGGGUUCGAUCUGAUAGUUUUGGUCGAGGAAGGCCCUCUUGUGCUGUCUGUUAAUUGAUUGAUUUUGCUGGGACUUGAAGAGAUAGUGUGCGCGGUGUAUGUAUGUGAGUGCGGAGCUGCUUCCUAGGGUUUCUCGUUGCUAGUUGUUCGGGUCAUGGGAAGCACUGGGGAGCCAGUGAGAAAGCGACGGUAUUUCAGUCCCAUUUCUCCCACUAGCGCUGGUACCACCAAGAAGCAGCCUUUUUCACCUCGUUCUGAGGACAAGAAGCUUGAUGUUGCUGUGUUGAGAUACAAGAAUCAGAAGCUCUCUGAACAAUUAGAAGCUCAGAAAUUUGAGUAUCUUACUCUUGAGAAUAAAUUUCAUCAGAUCAAAGAGAAACAAAAGACACAUGAAGACAUGUUACUUUUGGUCAAUAAUAACUGGGAGACGCUUCUCAGUGACCUGGACUCACUUUCUGCCUCAACAAGUGGAUCUACAAGUGCUAUUCACUUGAAAUGCUCUCAUUUGUCUAACGGUGGAUCAUCCUUCUCCAUAGAAGAGGAUUUCUUGAGGAGACUCCUGGAAACAGGUGCAACCGAAUGUUCAGAGGAUGCAUCUCCUACAUCUAACCAAGAUGAUACACAAACAGAAGCUUCGAUGACCAAAAGCAUCUUGAAGAAUCUUAUAAGCUUGCUCAAUGAUGUGUGGCAUGUGAAUGAGGCAUUUUCUAGUGCUUGCCUUGCAACUCUACCUGAAGAUGAACCCAGCAGGAAAUUGCUGAAGGUUAUUCAAAACCUUGAGGUAGAGGUCAGGAACUUUCUAGUGGCUGUUGGUGAUCUUCAUUUAAAACAUAGAUCGGUGACAGAUGAUCUCCUAAACCACCAAGAUAUUGAUUUGAAAAAUAAGGCUGAAUGCAAACGACUAGCAGAGGAGUUGGCCAGUACAGUUGCGGAGUUGGAAGAAAACAAUUGUAGAAUAUCAAAGCUGAAGUUGCAUAAAGGCACAACCCAAAGUUCCUAUUUCCUUUUCCCUAAUUUUGGAAACAAACAAGUUGCUGGAGAUAAAGUGAAGGAUGCUGAAAAGGAUAUGCAACACAUGGAAUCUUCCCUCAAAGAAUUGAUGGGUCUGGUUUCUAGCCGGUUAGAGGACAUAAAGAGACUGCAUGAAGACAGAAUUGAGAUUCUAAAGAAACUAGCUGAUACGCGGAAUGCUUUGAUGGAUUUCAAGAAGAUAUCUUCAUCUAAGGCUUUUGUGUGUCUGAGCGAUCGCCUGAAUACAUCAAAGGAAGAAAUGGAUCAGUGCCGGGUUUCACUUGAGAAAUUGCAGGUUGAAAAAGACAGCUUCAUUUGGUGGGAAAAGGAGGUGAAUUUGAAACACGAGAUUGCUGAUGUUGGUAGGACAAUCUCUUUCCUUUCUGAAUCCAGAAUUGCUGAGCUACAGCAGAUUCUGCAGAAAUUGGCUGAUGAAAGGGUUAUGUUAGAGACCAAACUUGAAGCAGCCACGAGAGAAUCAAGUAGGGAGGAGAUAAUUCAAGACUUCAAGGCACUUGCUGCUUCACUGCCUAAAAGCAUGGAGAUCAUGCAAAGUGAAAUUGAUCAAAAAAAGGAAGCUACUGUAGAUCUUCAUUCUCUGAGAGCAGAAGUGCAAUCUCUUUCUAGUUUGCUGCAUAGGAAGGAGAACGAGAUUAAAACUUUAUUCGGUACAUCUUCUCAUCAACUUUCUGAAAUAAAGCAGCUGCAUACAACUGUUCAAGAUUUGAGAGAUAAUAAUCACGAGUUGAAACUUUUCAUAGAGAUGUAUAGACGUGAAUCCACCGAUUCCAGAGAUCUCAUAGUAUCCAAAGACAAUGAAUACAAGGCAUGGGCUCACGUCCAUACCCUCAAAUCAUCUCUUGAUGAACACAACUUAGAGUUGCGUGUUAAGGCGGCCAUUGAAGCUGAAGCAACAUCUCAAAAGAGGCUAACCUCUGCCGAAGCUGAGAUCGAUGAAUUGAGGCAGAAGUUGGAGACAUGCGAGAGAGAUUUGUCUAAAUUGUCAGAGAUUCUGACAUCAAAACACGAGGAAGGAAGAACAUAUUUAUCUGAAAUUGAGUGUAUCGGGCAAUCAUAUGUCGACAUGCAAACUCAAAAUCAACAUCUGUUGCAGCAAAUUAUAGAGAGAGAUGACUACAACAUCAAACUUGUGAUGGAGGGCACGAAAGAGAAGCAAGUGCAGGAAGCUCUUCGCUUGGAAAUACAAAUUACGAACAGGAAGCUACAAGAGGCAAAACUGUUGAUGGAUUCAUACGACCUGAGAGUUUCUAAAAUGGAUGAACAGUUGAAGAUAUGGUCAGAGCAAGUUGGAAAACUCGCCGAGGAUGCUCGACAAAGUAGAGCUGCUUUUGAGCACACAAUGAAAAGGCUAUUGGAGAUACAGAUGGAGGCCCAAAAAUCAAGACAAUUACUCGAUCUCGUCCAAAACAAGGUCGAGGGAAGCCGACUGGAGGUAGCAAAUUUGCUGAUAGAAAUAGAGAAAGAGAGGUUCAACAAGAAGAGGAUCGUGGAAAGUUUAGACGACAUGACAAGGAAAGCUGCCUAUCUCAGGGUACAAACCAAGGGUUCUGUCCUGGAGAAACUUCAGCAAGAAGUAAAAGAAUAUCGUGGAAUCCUCAAGUGCAGUAUCUGCCUCGAUCGGCAAAAGGAGGUCGUGAUAGCGAAAUGCUACCAUUUGUUCUGCUAUCAGUGCAUUCAAAGAACAAUUAGCAACCGUCAGCGCAAGUGUCCAACUUGCGGUUCGAGUUUUGGCGCCAACGAUGUCAAGCCGAUCUACAUAUAAUCCUCGCAUUGCGUUCUGUUUUGGAGGUGGAAAACAAAUCCAUUGGAAACGCUCCUCCGAUUUAAAGAUUGUGCCAUCGCAGUGUCUGGAAGUGUAGUUCCUGUAAUAUAUUCUGGUAUCGAAGGUUUCGAAGGCAAUUUAGGCUGUCUCAUUGACCCUGUGUGAUCGACUGAUCAAGUGGUUUUCUGAAUCUUUGUAAAGUUCGAUUGUUUCAUAAUUCAAUGAAAUGAGAGUGUGUACCAAACUAGUACAAGUCAAUUUGUAGUAAUUAAUAAUAAUAAUUAGAGCCCAUGGAUUCUAACAUUCAGUACAAUUGCUGUGUUUUAGAGAGUGGCAGCUUUGCAACACUGAAUCUUAAGUUUUAAGGAUACUCGAUUGUAAAAGAAUGUUUCAAAUUGUGUAAAUUGCCAGAGGGAUGUUUUUUUUUUUUCAAAA